AUGGCUCCGGAUUCAGGAUCGGAUUUUGGAGACUCGAAAGAGUGUAAGAAAUCAAAGGAUAAGUUGGAACAAAUCAGGGAAUGGCUUGAACCCACCGCAUAUGAAGAUCCGGGAAGUGAUUACAAAAGACACUCGGCUUCGCAUCUUCCCGGAACCGGAGAAUGGUUAUUUCGUUCAGACGUAUACAAAAAUUGGCAUUCAAGCGGAGACGAUGGUCUGCUUUGGAUUCGAGGGAUCCCGGGGUCCGGGAAAUCUGUAUUCGCUGCUAAUUUAAUCAAUCGGCUCAAGAAAGAGGGCCAUCCCGUCCUCUACUUCUUCUUUCGCCAGAUAAUCGAUGCGAAUCACAGCGCUGCAGCUGCUCUACGUGACUGGCUGGCUCAGAUAUGCGUCCUAAGUCCAAAGUUGCAAAUGAAAAUAAUGGAUUAUAUCGGAGAAUCUCAAAACCUAAGUACCGUCUCGAUUGCCGAACUUUGGAACCUUCUUCGGGAUGCAUUAUCCCAUCUCCCUAAGUCCUAUAUCGUCGUCGACGCACUUGAUGAAAUGGACCAAAACCAAGGCCUGGAGCCAUUCUUACAGGCUUUAUCAGAGCUCGGUGAAUGGCGACCCUCAAAGAUUAAAAUUAUCAUGACCAGUCGGCCAAUAGCUCGCAUCGAGAAAUGUUUAAGAAAUGCAAAGAUCCUAGACAUCAGGCUUGAAGAGUCAGCAGUAGAUAUCGACAUCGUCACUUACGUCCGGCAUAGAUUGAAGAACUCAAAAAUAUCUAAGGAUGCCCAAGCGAAGAUUGAGGCAGCAGUUCCUGGUAAAGCCAACGGGCUAUUCCUCUUUGCAAAACUCGCACUAGACGCUGUUCUACAGCCCAAUGCAAAUGUUGAUGUCGUUAUCCAGCAACUUGCAAAAGAUCUCAACAAUAUCUAUACAGACCUCUUGAAGGACCACUCCAGAAGAUCUGGGAUUCCGAGUAGCACCCAGCUUCUCAUCUUACAAUCCGUAACUCACGCCACUCGUCCGCUUCGACUACUCGAAAUCGCCGAUAUGGUCAACUUUAUCAAUAAUAAAGAGCACGGAGAAGAGAAGAACGACCUUAAAGCAAUGAAAGACCUAGUUCGCACUGCUUGUGGACCACUUCUAGAAAUCUUGCCAGAUGAAACAGUAUCCGUCAUCCACCACAGCUUCACAGAGUUUCUCAACGGGUCAACCAGACAAUCCGACGCAUCUGGUUUCCCCAUUUUAGAGUCAGGACACACUCAUAAUCGUCUCGCUCUCGUUUGUCUUUCGUAUCUCCAAACAUGCGUCGGCGACCCUGAGAAUAAGCCCGUUUUCAAAUCCUACUCGAAGAAUAAGUUACAUUUACUCCCCCCAUUUACCCAGUACGCCGCCCGGAACUGGCAUGUUCAUGUCAAAAAGUCUGCUCUCGCGGGAUAUGAUCAAACAGAAGCUCAUGCUGUUCUCGACGAAUAUCUUUCCGGCGAAAAAAUACCUACAUGGACCAAGCUGUCGGAUAUAGAUACUAAAAACCCCUUGUACGCAGCGGUUCAACUUAGAUUGAAUGAUUAUAUCAAAUACUUGCUCGGUAAGAAGGAUGCGGAUAUUCUUGAUGAAGAUCGAUUCGGAUCUCCUUUGAAUCACGCAGCGGCGGAAGGGUACGACGAUAUUGUGGAAAUGCUCUUGCAAGCUGGGGUAGAGGCGGACAAUCACAGCGACUAUGGACAAUCUACUCUUAUGCUAGCCACUAGAAAAAAUCAACUGAAAGUUGUGAAGCUCCUCGCGAACGCAGGUGCCGACCCAUUUAUCAAAGUUCACUACAUGACUUCUUCAGGUGGUGGUAGAUGGAUUCACACUGAGAACCACCACGAGAGCGCCUUUGAGUACGCCGCCCGAUCCAGCCAAACCGAAGCCAUGGUUAUGUUCGUACCACAUAUAAAAACGUCAGACCAGGCUAAUACAGCUUUGUCCCAAGCGGUAUCUGCCGGAAUCGUACCCAUAGUCGAAGCUCUUUUAGAGCAUCCAUUGAUCGAUGUUGAUUCCAAAACGGACGGGAAAACACCAUUAUUCAUCGCUUGUCUCACGCGCAGAGCAGACAUCAUCAAACUCCUAAUUAAAGCUAAAGCGGGUCCUAACAUCAUCAGCGAUAGUACUCCCUGGCUUCCGAAUAAAGAGUGUUCCCAAGAAUCUGGUCGCCAGAACCCAAGAAAGGUCCCCGCCCCCGACGGCCCGGCUACAGCCCUUUACACUCUAGCACGCCCAGCUUUCUGUUGCCACAGCUGCUCUGGUCGUCACAAACGCAGUCCAGAAUAUUCUGAGAUCGAAAAUAUCACCAAAUGCUAUGAGGCUCUGCUCGCGGCUGGUGCUAGCGUUAACCAGAAAAAUGAAAAUGGCAAUACAGUCUUGCACAAAGUCGACAAGGCAUCUAUAUCUAGUCUCCUUCUAGCCGCAGGAGCGGAUCCAAAUGCUUCAAAUGACGAACAACAAACACCUCUCCACCUUUGCACUUCUACAGAAGUCGUUGACGUUCUUAUAAAAGAUCCGAGGGUUCAAAUCGAGGAAAGGGACCACCUCGGCCGUACGCCACUCUUGCACGGACUAGUACGAAAAGACGCUGAAGUCGUCAUACGGUUGCUUGAGUUUGGUGCAGACGCUACAGCCGUCGAUGAGAACGGCGACGGUGCCUUCCAUCAUUCUACCCAUAUUGUGACGGAUUACUGGAAUAAAAACCCACAUGUAAAAUUGCUUAACAAACAUCUUCACAAAUUUGGAGCCAGCGCCCGGCUACAGAACAACCAAGGCCGAGCCGUUUUGCAUACUCUCGCAGAUGAAUACAGCGGCAUCCCUACUGACAUGUUCGUAGAUGCUCUCGACUAUUUACUUUCCAUUGGCGCUGAUAUCGAAGCGAGGGAUAACAAGGGCCAGACUCCACUAGUCUACUUCAUUAAAAGUGCCAAACGGGACAAUGGAGGUGAUGAAUUUCGACUAAAAAAGCUAGAUAGGUUACUCAAUGCGGGAGCACGAAUCGAUACCUUAGAUCUUGAGGGUAGAACGGUAUACCACGCCUGCCUUCGAAAUAUUUCCUACUGGAAAGACCCUAGCAACGCCUUCGAUCUUCCAAGAUCUAAAACACUCUUUAAAAAGGCUAGCAGUAACAAGAAGCAUCUUCACCAAACCGAUGCAGGCGGAAAUACACUCCUACAUGAAGCUUGCGCCAUCGUUAGGAGUGAAAACCUGGUCCGGAAAAAGUGGAUAGAUACACCUACGGAGAUGAUAUGGUAUCUGAAAGAACAAGGAAUCAGUGUAUCCCAAGCAAAUAACAUGGGCCAGACUCCACUUCACAUGCUUUGUAUGUUCAAAACACGCGGCUACAAAACCGGGAAACCGGGUAGAAUCGAGACAAAAGACCAAUCAGCGCUGGAUUACCUUCUAGAACAGCAAGUUGAUAUCGACCGCUCCGACAAAAAUGGAAUAACUGCACUUCAUCUAGCAUCCACAUGCUGCGAACUCACUACCACUCAUCUAUUAGCAGCUGGGGCCAAAGUUUCAAAAGCGACACAUGAAGGUCUCACCCCACUCCAUAUUGCCGCCAGAUGCCGUCAACCUAACAUUCUCGGGAUGUUACUGGAAUCAUUAAAGUCAGAAGUAGACCCAGCGAAAUUCUUAACAAUCCUUAAUUCUAAAGACAAAUCUCCGAACGAAGCUACAGCUCUUUACUACGCUUGUGCUUCAGGCCAUCCAGCUACAGUAAAACUACUUCUAGAGGCAGGAGCGAGCGUUGAUACCGUACUUCCUACCGGGUCGCCUUGGAUUGCAUGCGCAAGAUUUGAAGAAGAGGAUGAGAAUUGGCAACAACCUCCUACGGCGGAACAACAGCCCAUUGACGAUGAUUCGGCCCCAGAAUAUGGAUUUAGACAUCCGGGCAUGAAUAUAGGCGAUGAAUUCACCCCUGACGCAUGUGGAUUUCUGACCAAUGACAAAGCCAGACCUAAAGUCUUCGAAAACGGUUUCCCUAUGCGCUUGGAUGAGAUUUUGGAUAUGCUAGCACAAUACGAACCUUCUUCUAUCAAGUAUAUAGACGACGCUAUAUCCUCCGCCGCAUCCAAUAAUUUUGACUACACAGUCGAAUGUCUGGUCGCUAAACGCAAGGCUAUUGGAAUUGAGGAACCCUUCAAGCCUGACACUCAAGUUGAAUUAUGCCUUCAAAGACGGGAAGCCGAAAGAAUAGCCAUCGAGAAAGAUAGAUCGUCUGAGCUGUCGUCAGAAGAUCUAGAAACUGAAUUUGAUCUCCUAAUAUCUCUUCGCCAAUACGAGGGAAUCAUUAAAAUCCUAGAUCCCGUCAUCUUCUCAGAUCAAGACAUGGAUGAAUCUAAAUCCUCGAUAAUCCACAAACUCAUAGCCGGGGGUUUCGUCUUUAUCCUCAAGAACUUCCUAACCGUACCAGUUCUAUCCAAAGUAGAUGAGUGGGAAAAGCAUAAACAAGAAACUAAAAAGUCCGAAACCGUGUUAGUCACCAGGAAGCCUCUCCUUCUAGCAGCUAGCAAGGGGCCCGUCCCAAGGAUGGAGAUUAUAAAAUUCCUCGUCGAAGAGCUCAGAGUAGACGUUAAUACCCGACUAAUGAAAUACCUCAGACCCAGAAACACUUAUAUAUAUGAAUACGUACCCAAAAAAUCCGCCCUUCACUUCAUAAUGACCGAAAGCCAUUGGUGGCAAUAUACCCUAGCACUUCCAUACCUCAUUCAGCACGGCGCCAAUACCGAACUCCGGGAUAAUAACGAGCUAACACCUCUACACGCUGCAGUCAACAAACUCGAACUAAACUAUAUAUCCACACGCCAUGCUAUCAGGCGGUUGGUGGCCCAUGGAGCCAAUAUGAAUGUAUCAGAUAGACAGGGAGAUGAUUGCCUGUCAGAAUCCCGCUGCGAUAUGAAUAUCUUCAACUUCUUCAUUGAAAGUGGAGCAAAGAUUGGUCCCUCGGUGCUAUGUUCUGCGAUCGAGGACGGAAACUACGAGCUGCUAAGUACUCUUCUAUCAUCGGGUGCUGAUCCGAAUGUACGACUUAGCCCCGAUGAGUGUACGGACAAUGAGGGAAUGUAUCCUUUGGAAUGCGCCGCCCGUGCACACUGGUCUCGUAAAGAUGAGGGAAUUACCGCCAAAAUUAUUAAGCUCUUGCUCGAUCAUGGUGCGGACCCAUCUGCCAAAUAUCCGGAUACAACGAUAUUACAUAACCUGGUCGGGAGUAGCGACUACAUCGAAACCCUAAUCAAACAUUCAUCCAUCAACCUCGAAGAGCGUAAUUCAAACGGGGAAACCCUCUUGAUGCUCGCAUCUAGAAGGGAGGUGAGUGGGGCUACAGAACUAAUAAAGCUGCUUCUCGAACGUGGAGCGGACUUCAAGGCUCAGGGUAAUGAUGGAAGAUCAGCUCUUCACCACGCCAUAGAGCUCAGAAACGGGCGGGACGCCGAUCCGGGGUUACUUCGCCUACUCGUUUCCAAGGCUCCAGAAAUGAUUAAUGUCACCGACAAGAAGAACCGAACGCCUUUAAUCUACGCAAUAAAUCAUAAAGAACGCUGGAACGGGGAUAACGCCGAUGAAAUGAUCAAUAUCCUUCUUUCAGCAGGCGCGGACCCAAAUUUGGCAUUUAACACGGGAGAAACGGCGCUUCACCUUUUAUGCAGCACGGACUGGUUCAUAGGGAUGACUGGUAUAUUCUCCUCCAAGAAACGAAAAUCUUUUGAAAAGAUGGUAGCGAUGGGGGCAGAUGUCAAUGCUCGAGAUAACUCUGGAGAAACCCCUCUAUUUAAAUUCUUCCGCAAGAGCGACGUGAGACAGGUAGUACCUGAGGAUCCAACUCGCGGCGACUAUCUGGCCCCGGAUAGAUAUCAAGACGCGAUGCGAGCAACAAUAAACGAACUCCCCGUACUUAAAAUGUUUGAUAAAGCAAAAAUGGAUUGGAAAGCCGUCAGUGGUGCCGGAGAGACUUUAUUGCAUAUAGUCGCUUCUGACCCAAAGCUCUCAGAGUGGCCGGGGAGGGCGGUGAAGAGGUUUAAGUUCCUGUUGGAUAAGGGAGUUGACGUAACAGUUGAGGAUGAGCAGAAUAGAACGGCACUGGAUGUUGCGGCGACUCAAGAUGCGACGGAUAUUUUGGAUCUUUUCACUCGGGAUUCAAGGGUCGACGUCCGGAAAGAGGAAGUACUGACUUGGUUCACAAUAUUCAAGAGGUAUAUAGGCAGUCUUUUCAAUUUAAGUUGGAUUUGCGUAUUGGGGGAUGCAUGA